AACUACAUUUCCCGGCAGUCGAUGCACUCCGUGGGUCGGAAGCUGAGCCUCUGGCUAAUGAUCCUUAGCAGUGAGUAGUCACGUGUGGCUUCCGCUGAUCUGUUUUCCUGGGCGCAGAGAGGAUCUCCUCCUUCCUUUGGCUUCCUUCAUUCGGGUUUAUUAGUUUUCUCGGCUCAAUGUUUUGAUCCACCGAUUUCUUCGAUAAGGAUUUGCCGACAUUUUGCUUUCAUCGUGCGUCCAACUCUUUUGGUUUAGUGUAUGAAAGUAUGAGCGAUAACGAUGACAUCGAGGUUGAAAGCGACGAAGAAUCGUCAGGAUUUUACCCCUCGGCAGACAAAAGAGCACAUCACAAUGCGCUGGAACGUAAGCGCAGGGACCAUAUAAAGGACAGUUUCCACAGUUUAAGAGACUCGGUACCUUCACUCCAAGGGGAAAAGGCUUCACGUGCCCAGAUACUGGACAAAGCAACAGAGUAUAUACAGUAUAUGAGAAGAAAAAAUCACACACACCAGCAAGACAUUGAUGAUCUAAAGAGACAGAAUGCUCUGUUAGAACAACAAGUUCGUGCUCUGGAGAAAGCAAAAUCGAACUCUCGGCUUCAGUCUAGCUAUUCUUCAUCUGACAGCAGCCUUUACACCAAUCCCAAUGGCAGCGCCAUAUCAGCCUUUGAUGGAGGAUCUGAUUCCAGCUCAGAGUCUGAACCUGAAGAGACCCAAAGCAGAAAGAAACUACGGAUGGAAGCAAGUUGAGCAAAAGAAGCAAUAAAGCGAACAUCCUAUACCCAGCUUAACUUCUUUAGCCCCUUCUUAACUCUUAAUUAGGCCCUUCUUGGCUCUUUUAAGGACUUUCCCCCCUCCCCUGUUAUCUUUAGGUUAUUGGACUCUGUUUGAUUUCUCGUUUCGCAAUGUCAUUGUUCCCCUCUUCACGCUGUAUUAAAAUAUUAAGGAAACAUCCAAAGGCUUGCAAGGGAAAAAUUCUGUGCAAGUAAAACAUGGCGCUGUACUGGAGUGCAGCCUUCUUGACGACGAUUCGCAGUCAUAUUCGUCUAUAAAAUCAUUUUUAACUGCA